AUGCGCCACAACUACUUAUGUAACGACUUCAGCACCCUCUACGCGCCCCUCAUCCGCGACGGCCGCAUGGAGAAGUACUACUGGAACCCGACCCGCGAGGACCGCGUGGGGGUGUGCAUGGGCAUCUUCCACGAGGACAACGUGACGCGUGCAGAGGUGGAGAGGCUGGUCGACGCCUUCCCCGGCCAGUCGAUCGACUUUUUCGGCGCCCUGCGCGCGCGCGUGUACGACGACAAGGUCCGCGACUUUGUGGCCAACCUCGGCGUGGAGAACCUCUCCAAGCGCCUGGUCAACAGCCGCGAGGGCAAGGUCGAGUUUGAGAAGCCGCGGAUGUCCCUGGACGUGCUCAUGAAGUACGGCCGCUACCUGGUGGAGGAGCAGGACAACGUGAAGCGCGUGCAGCUGGCCGAGGCCUACAUGAGCGGCGCCGAGCUGGCGGGCUCCGCGGGCUCCUCCAUGCCCGAGGCCUACCGGGCCAAGUAG